UCCACGCUCCUCCCACUUACACUAUAGUAUAUAUCACUAUUAUUACUACUGGGAAGAACAUCAACAACAACAAAAAGGAAAUAAGAAGACAUUUCUCAAAAUCAUCAGACGAACUCUUUUGGGCAUAUCAUAUAAUUCCCCACUAGCAAAUUCAACCAUUUCCUCAGCUUCGCGUCCAAUACGCUUAUUAUAAUUCUUUCUCCAGUCUUCCCUUUUUGGCAUGCAACGUUAAAUUCACGAGGCAACAAGUUCGAAUUAUUGUGCUUUUGUAAUGCUAACUGUGUCACCUUUGAGUAACACAACGGCGAGAAAUGAAAGGGAUAACGAGAUGGAAAGUUUCGCGAUGGGAGGAGGAGGAGGAGGAGGAGAUGAUUUCGCGGAUUUUAUGGGGAAGAAUUUGCUCGAUAGCAUUGAUUUUGAUGACCUUUUUGUUGGGAUCAACGACGGAGAUGUCUUACCAGAUUUGGAGAUGGACAAUGAGAUUCUUGCUGAAUUUUCGGUUAGUAGCGGGGACGAAUCCGAUGUGAAUAACUAUAGUAGUAGUAAUACUUUUACUACUACUACUAUAAAGAAUGUAGAAAGAAAAGAAGACUUUGAAAAAGCAACAUCUUUUUCAGCAUCGGAUGUUGGUUCGGGUUUAACGAGCCUAAAUCAGGGAGAAGAAAUUGUGAGUACUCAGAAAAGUGAAGAAUCUGCACUACAAGUGAAUCAGAACAUUUCCCCGAAAGAAAGCGAUAAAGGCAAGAAGUCAUCCAAGAAUAAUCUUCCAGGGAAAAGGAAAGUAAAGGUGGACUGGACGCCAGAAUUGCACAGGAGAUUUGUACAAGCAGUAGAGCAACUAGGUGUAGAUAAGGCAGUCCCAUCAAGAAUUUUGGAGAUUAUGGGAAUCGAUUGUCUCACUCGCCAUAAUAUUGCCAGUCAUCUUCAAAAAUAUCGGUCCCAUAGGAAACAUUUGCUUGCAAGAGAAGCGGAAGCGGCGAGCUGGAGCCAUAGAAGGCAAAUAUACGGCGGUGCAGCCGUAGUCGGAGGGGGCGGAGGAAAGAGAGAUAUGAACCCAUGGCCAGCACCAACAAUUGGCUUUCCUCCUCCUCCUCCUCCUCCGCCUUCUAUGGCAGCUCCAAUGCCUCAUCAUUUUAGACCCCUACAUGUAUGGGGUCAUCCAUCCGUCGACCAAUCAUAUAUGCACAUGUGGCCUAAACAUCUAGCACCUUCGCCUUCUCCUCAACAUCCAUCACCAGCUUGGGCUCCUCCUCCUCAUCUUCAUCCUCCACCACCUUCAGAUCCUCCUUUUUGGCAUCCACACCAUCAACGGGUACCAAAUUCUCUUACACCAGGAACUCCUUACUUUCCAGCACCUAUAGCACCAACGAGAUAUCCAGCUGCUCAUAAUCUAGUACCAGGCAUACCACCAGCAGCGCAUCAUGCCAUGUACAAAGUAGACCACUCCGGCAUUGGCGUUCGAACUGCCCCAGCAGCACUACCUCUACCUAAACCUCCUUGUGACUUUCAUCCUUCAAAGGAGAGUAUAGAUGCGGCAAUUGGAGAUGUUUUAUCAAAGCCAUGGCUGCCACUUCCCCUCGGACUCAAACCUCCCGCUGUUGACAGUGUGGUGGGAGAAUUACAACGACAAGGGGUACCUAAAAUACCACCAUCUUGUGCAUAGUUAUUGAGGCAUGCAGCUAUCCAAGUGAGUGGAAUUUUUUGGGGUUCACUUGAGGUGAAGAAGAAUCUUACACACCAAGAAACCCUUCAAUUCGACGACAUUUCCUGCACUUAGAUGCAUGAAGAUGAAUUCGAUCCAGACGGACGUCAUUACCAUCAUCUACAACGCAGUUUUUUUCCCUCAUAUAUCAGAAUUUUUUAAAUUUGUUUGUCCUACAUAAAUUGUUCUUGUUUUUCUAUGUACAAGAACAUGUUUUAACUUAACUAUGGGGUUUUGGACAUGCA